CCUGGCCAGGCUUGUUGGGAUGAGUCGGGCUGGGCACGAUUGCAUUGUGGGGAGGGAGGCCGGGGCUCCGUAAGACGUGCUCCUGGCACUGCCAGCUACUACUUGGCCCUCGCUGGUGGCCCGCCAGGACAAUGCCCCCCCACAGCCAUCUCAUGCCCAUCGCCACUGCCCUGGGGCAGCUGAACUGAGCGGAUGUGCCACGCCACCCAGGAGAGCCCUCUGCUGCACCACUUCAUGGUCCCCGUGAUGGCUCGCUGGCCUCCCUUCGGCCUCUGCCUCCUCCUGCUGCUGCUGUCCCCACCGCCACUGCCCUUGACAGGGGCCCAUCGCUUCUCCGCACCUAACACCACUCUCAACCACUUGGCACUGGCGCCUGGCCGAGGCACACUCUAUGUCGGCGCUGUGAACCGCCUCUUCCAGCUCAGCCCUGAGCUGCAGCUCGAGGCCAUGGCUGUCACUGGCCCUGUCAUCGACAGCCCCGACUGCGUGCCCUUCCGUGACCCGGCUGAGUGCCCACAGGCUCAGCUCACUGACAAUGCCAACCAGCUGCUGCUGGUGAGCAGCCGUGCCCAGGAACUGGUGGCCUGCGGGCAGGUGCGGCAGGGUGUGUGUGAGACACGGCGCCUCGGGGAUGUGGCCAAGGUGCUGUACCAGGCCGAGGACCCUGGUGAUGGGCAGUUUGUGGCUGCCAAUACCCCGGGAGUGGCCACGGUGGGGCUGGUGGUGCCCUUGCCCGGCCAGGACCUCCUGCUUGUGGCCAGAGGCCUGGCGGGCAAGCUGUCGGCAGGGGUGCCACCCCUGGCCAUCCGCCAGCUGGCAGGGCCUCAGCCCUUCUCCAGCGAGGGCCUGGGCCGCCUGGUGGUAGGCGACUUCUCCGACUACAACAACAGCUACGUGGGGGCCUUUGCCGACGCCCGCUCCGCCUACUUUGUGUUCCGCCGCCGUGGGGCCCGGGCCCAGGCUGAGUACCGCUCCUACGUGGCCCGCGUCUGCCUGGGGGACACCAACCUGUACUCCUAUGUGGAGGUCCCCCUCGCCUGCCAGGGCCAGGGCCUCAUCCAGGCCGCCUUCCUUGCCCCGGGCACCUUGCUAGGGGUGUUUGCCGCGGGCCCAGGGGGCACCCAGGCGGCGCUCUGCGCCUUCCCCAUGGCAGAGCUGGGUGCCAGCAUGGAGCAGGCCCGGAGACUUUGCUACACGGCAGGCGGCCGGGGCCCCAGCGGCGCAGAGGAAGCCACCGUGGAGUACGGCGUCACGUCGCGCUGUGUCACCCUGCCCCUUGACUCCCCCGAGUCGUACCCCUGCGGCGACGAACACACCCCCAGCCCUAUUGCCGGCCGCCAGCCCCUGGAGGCCCAGCCUCUGCUGAAGCUUGGGCAGCCGGUCAGCGCCGUGGCAGCCCUCCAGGCAGACGGGCACAUGAUAGCCUUCCUAGGGGACACCCAGGGCCAGCUGCACAAGGUCUUUCUCCACGGCUCCCAGGGCCAGGUUUACCACUCCCAGCAAGUGGGGCCUCCAGGCUCAGCCAUCAGCCCAGACCUGCUGCUGGACAGCAGUGACAGUCACCUCUAUGUCCUGACUGCUCACCAGGUGGACCGGAUAGCUGUGGCGGCCUGUCCCCAGUUCCCUGACUGUGCCAGCUGCCUCCAGGCCCAGGACCCGCUGUGUGGCUGGUGUGUCCUCCAGGGCAGGUGAGCACGGGGCCUGUGCCUAUGCUCGGGC